UAGUGAGACGGUUGUGCGUGAGUCUCUGUUGGAAAGACGCCGAUGAACAUUGCAUUCCGACAGGCGGCUCUGUCUUAUUUCGCGUCUCACACUCUAUGUUAAAUGACCGUUUCAACUUUGUUGAGAACUAGCCGUAGAAAUUGUGAACAAUAAAAAUGACUGUAGCAGUGAUUGUGAGAUGUGUGAGAGGGGUAGCGUGGGUCAUGUGACCAGGCUCCGCCAAUCAGCUCGCGAGUAGUCGUUAGUAGAGAUGGUGUGGCGACGGCGGCGGGGGUGUGGAGGAGCUGCCAUUGCGAGCGCUGCGUCACCGCCCUGUAUCUAUCACCCACAAUCAUGGAGGGCAGUGGUCAUCCAGCCCACCAUUCCUUCCAUCACACACCAACGCCCGUCAACAGAGGGUAUUAGAACAUUAUUCGUUCUCUUCUAUGCUAAAUAAAUUGAAAAACCCGCGAGACAAAUGAGCGUGGGUUCCGAGGCUGUUCGGAGAGGUCGCUUCGGCCAUAUUCUGUCAGAUUGUUUAUGUUGAAAAGUUCCUGGGGGUUGUUCCUUCGUCGUGAAGCGGGCGCCCUCCCAAGGGCUCGGUUUGUGGAGGUUGUUUUAUUCGCAUGGGAAGUGAAGGAAAAGGGAGAGUCUGUGCGACGGGCAAGUGAAGUUCAGGAGGAAAAGGAGAGAGGACAGACAGCUUGUGCAGGGAGCGGUGUUGGAAGGCGUCCUGCCUGUGCGCGGCUCCCGGCGCCUCUGCUGAUGGUCGUCUCUCCCCUGUCCCGCCAUUUUGAAACCCAAGCAGUGAUGGCUGACGCCAGGGACGGAACCGUUCGCGUUUUGUGGUGAUUGCGCCGUGAGCGGGAUGCCUUUGCGUCGGGUUCUGUCGUCGUAGUGUGCUUGAAAGAUCAGAGGUUGUGGUGUUGUAUGUUGUGAGGAGGAAUUUCGCCUGAAUUAUGUGAAAUCGGGGCGGGAAGCCGAAGGACGCCACACAACCGCCAACCCGCAGGCCGACCGACUCGCUGCUCUCUAGGGAUAUAACUAUGGAGGAGACGAAUGGAGGAGGAAUGCAGGUGGACUCUCCCCCUAAGGUGGGAGGGAACGUUGAACCUCCACCGAGGGAAGAACCUGUUAUCGACCCUGUGAAUGGGAUAGUGCAACCUCCAUUUUCUCCCCCACCCCAUAGACCUGGGCGAGUAACAAAUCAGUUACAAUAUAUUCUAAAACAAGUAAUGAAGACUGUUUGGAAACAUCAGUUUGCUUGGCCGUUCCACCAGCCAGUGGAUGCGGUCAAGUUGAAUUUGCCAGAUUACCAUAAAAUCAUAAAACAUCCCAUGGACCUUGGCACGAUCAAGAAACGUCUCGAAAAUAAGUACUACUGGAGUGCAAAGGAGUGUGUGCAAGACUUUAAUACUAUGUUUACUAAUUGUUAUGUGUAUAAUAAACCAGGUGAGGAUGUCGUUUUAAUGGCACAGACCUUAGAAAAAAUAUUUUUAACCAAAGUGGCAGCCAUGCCUAAAGAUGAAAUUGAGGUUGAAGAUGCCACAAGCAAAGGUGGUAAAGGGAGAAAAGGACGGACGCCGACUGUGCCGGGAACCAAACCGAGGUCUGUACCUGCACCUGUUACAGCUGUGACUGCUCCUACUCCGUCUCCAGCGGUACCUGCACCAGCCGUGUUUAAUACAGUUAGCAUAGGAGGCGUGUCGGGUACGACCAGCUCGCCCGCCGUGUCGAACUCCCUUUCCUCGCCGCUAACAGCCACUCACGUAGGGUCUUCUCAGUUGCCAUUGCCCAUGAGGGUUAACACCCCUCCUACAACUACAGCAGCAGUGCCGGGCUCUACUGCACAGCCCACCGUCCCAUCCACCCCUCUCAAUUCAUUGCCACCUGUGUCGAUGGGUGGAUCAGUUCAAGGUUUUCCUCCUCAUCCUACUCCCACACCCAGUCAUCCAAAUCCAAAUACUAUAGAUGGUUGGAACCAAAAUGAUGCUCAGAAAGGUGUUAAAAGAAAAGCAGAAGCAAUGGGGUCAGUUAUAGGUAACUCAACGUUUGAAGGUCUACCUCCCGUAAUAGGAGAUAAAAUAGGCAAGAUAUCUUCGAGGAGAGAGUCAGGACGACAAAUCAAGAAAGUUAACAAGGACUUACCAGAUUCUCAGGUAACCUUGAGGGAUGCAAUUCAGCCACAGCAUAGUACGAAACCAAAAGGAAAGGUUUCAGAAUCUUUCAAAAAUUGCAACGAAAUUCUGAAAGAGCUAUUUUCUAAAAAACACUCGGGUUAUGCCUGGCCAUUUUACAAACCUGUGGAUGCUGAUCUUUUAGGGUUGUCUGACUAUCACGAAAUUAUCAAGCAUCCUAUGGAUUUAGGUACUGUUAAGAGCAAAAUGGAUAAUAGAGAGUACAAGAAUGGUGCAGAAUUCGCAAAUGACGUAAGAACAAUUUUUACAAAUUGUUAUAAGUACAAUCCUCCAGACCAUGACGUUGUAGCCAUGGCAAGAAAACUGCAAGACGUCUUUGAAAUGAGAUAUGCCAAAGUGCCGGAAGAUGAGCCGUUUGAAAUUCACCCAGCUACAGAUUCUGACGAGUCUGCAAGUGAAAGUGAAAGUGAAACUGAUGACUCAGAAGAUGAAAGAGAAAGAAAACUUGUUCAACUUCAGGAGCAGCUUCGACAAGUUCAGGAACAGAUGAAGUUACUAGUUGAGGAAUCCUUAAGAAGAGGAAAGGAGAAGAAGAAAAAAACAAAGAAGAAAAACAAAGACAAAGAAAAGUUAUUGGCAGAAUUACCUAAUCUACCAAUUUCUAUGGCGCCUGUAGUCAAUCAGAACACUUCUGCUGCGCCAGUAGUGUCCAGUACUGUACCUGCGCCAACUGUCCCACAAGGUCCAGUUCCACCAAAACCGAAGAAAAAUAAAAAUUAUAAUAAACAAAAGCGUCAAAGAACUAAUCCCAGCAAGUCCAAAAAGAAAACCCCUGGUGGUGCGCCGGGUAUGGUGUUUGAUUCGGAAGAUGAAGAUAAUGCCAAACCUAUGUCUUACGAUGAAAAAAGACAGCUCAGUUUAGAUAUAAAUAAGUUACCAGGUGAUAAAUUAGGAAGAGUAGUUCAUAUAAUUCAGACUAGAGAACCUUCGUUACGAGAUUCUAAUCCUGAUGAGAUUGAAAUAGAUUUUGAAACCCUCAAGCCAAGUACGUUAAGAGAACUAGAAGCAUAUGUCGCGUCAUGUUUAAGAAAAAAGCCAAGAAAACCAUAUGCCCGAACAGAUAAAAAAAGUGUACCCUCCAAGACAAAAGAAGAAAACUUGGCGGAGAAGAAACAGGUCCUAGAAGACAGAUUACAAGCAGUGACUGAUCAGUUGGGUACACCGGCAGCAAAAAAACCACCUAAAAAAGAAGAGAACCGAAGCGUAGGUGUGGUUGGAGGAGGCACAUCUCGUUUAACAGAAUCCAGUUCCUCCUCCUCAGAUAGUGAUUCAUCUUCAUCCUCCUCAUCGUCAUCAUCAUCAGAUUCCUCAGACUCAGAAGCAGAAAACAGAAAAUCCAAGAAACCUAAAUUAGAAUCAUCUCAGAAGCAGUCUCAGCAUCAACAAAAGCAGCAGCAACACCACCACCAAUCUCAUCACCACCAUGGGGCUAGUAAAGGAGAGAGUCGUAAAUCCAUUCAUCAGUCAAACGACUCUACGCCAUCGUCAUCCAACCAUCAUCCACCUGUCUCGGUCCAUGCUACCAUAAGUAAAGAUACACCCAAAGAAGACUCAUCAGGUCGUGUGCAGAGUUUAAAAGUCACACUGGGGCCCACAGGAAGCAAAGUUACGGCUGCAGGAGGCCAGGCCAGCAAGGAAAAGCUCGAAGUUGAAGUUAAACGAAGAUCAUCCAGUGGAAAUUCUGCCAAGAAACCAUCUUCAGCUGUUCACCCUGUUAAUGUCAAACCAGAACCAGUAAAAUCAGAAGUGAAGCCUUUAUUAACCCCUACUCCAAGUCUACAGCAGCCACCGCACCAUCAACAACCGCCUCCACCACCACAGCAUCAACAGCCACCACCCCAAGUUAAACAGCAAAUUCACCAGGUAAUGGAAGAAAAGAAGCCUCCAGUGCAAGAGAUAACCAAACAAGAAAAGCCAGCAGAAACACCAAAGCCACAGAUUUCAGAUCAAAAACCACCCCACCAGAACCCACCUCCACCAAUUAAACAUUCUCAGCAAACUGAUCAACACCCGCCUCUGCAAGCAGAGCAAGAAAAACCUCCCUCUCAGCCCCACCCAAAGCAAAUACCAGAAAUUCGAAGUCAGCAGGAACCACUACAUCAUCAGCAGCCACCUCAACAUAAUCAACCACAUCCUCCACCUCCUCCACCUCAUCAGCAACAGCAACCUCCAAUAGCUCUCAACAACCCAUCUUCACAUCCUGUUCCUCCUUCAGAUCCAGUUCUUCAACAACAUCAGAGACUUCAAGAGCAUCUCCAACAUCAGGUACAUUUACAACAACAUGUGAGUCAUCAACAGCAGCAGCAUCAGCAGCAGCAGCAGCAGCAGCAGCAGCAGCAACAGCAGCAGCAGCAGCAGCAGCAGCAGCAGCAGCAGCAGCAGCAGCAGCAGCAGCAGCAGCAGCAGCAACAGCAGCAGCAACAGCAGCAGCAGCAGCAGCAGCAGCAGCAGCAGCAGCAGCAGCAACAGCAGCAGCAACAACAGCAGCAACAACAGCAGCAGCAGCAGCAUCAGCAGCAGCAGCAUCAACCACAGCAACAUCAACCACAGCAGCCUUUACCUGGUGUACAUAAUAUGGCAACAGGACUUCAUCCUUCAGUUUCCAACGGGUUUUCGGGUGAAAUGCCUCUUGGAGUGGCUCAAUCAUUGGUGCAUAGUUUAGCAGGGAUAAGUGCAAUUACUGGUAUGAGUGGUUUACCCCCACUAGCAUCUGCGGGUCUAGAAGGGUUGAGUGGUGCUGUUGCAAGUGGUAUGUUGCCAAAUUUAGUUGAAGCAGUGACUUCCAGUAAUCCUGUAAUGGCAGCAUCAACUACUGCUCCAGCACAUAAUCCAAUAAUGGGUGGAGGAGACAUUACAUCACAUAUACCUGAGGCCAGUUUAGCUGAUUUGAAAGCAGCUGGUCUGGAUACUAGUUUAGGGUACUAUCCACCUGUUAGUCAGAGUCAGGGUGAUUCGUCAAUGGUUAGAAAACAGCAUGAGGCUGAACUACAUCCUGAUGCACAAGCAGCCAUACAAGCACAGCAUGCUGAUUCUGCAUUAGCUAACUACUUAGCUGCUCAGGAUAAAAAAAAUACAUCUGCUCUUGAAACUCCCAAGUCCUCUGGUGGGGGUUCAUUUAAUAAGCCAAAACCUACUCCUAAGAAUUAUAGCUCGUGGUCUUCUUUAGCACAGAGUGCCGUCCCAUCUCCUACUGCGUCAACAUCACUCAAAACCUCAGCAAGUGAUUCCUUUGCUCAGUUCAAGAGAGUUGCCAAAGAAAAGGAAGCAAGGCAGCGGCAAAUAAUAGAACAGCAAGAGCAGAGAAGACAACAGAAGGAGCAGGUGGAGAAAGAACGAGCCCGUCAGGAGGCUGAAAGAGAAAGAGCAAGACUAGAGGAAGAGGCUUUAGAGAGAGCAAUGGAGCAAGCUAAGGAAGCACGCGUAACUCAGGAAGUUGUUCAUAGUAAACGGGAGCCACCACCACCUAAAGAGAGACCUCCUCCUGUUCCAACAAAAGUUGUGACUCCUGUUUCUACUUCUCCUUUACCACAAGUUACUACUCCUGUUGGGGCCCCAAGCUCACAUCCAGCAACACCAACAUCAUCCCAUGAUAAUGCAAAAUUAAGUGACCGUGACCGACAAAAAUUAAGAGAACAGGAACGGAGACGAAGGGAGGCGAUGGCUGGCCAAAUAGAUAUGAAUCGUCAGAGUGACCUGAUGGCUGCAUUUGAAGAGCAGUGUGGAAAAUAAUAAGUGAGAUGUACCAAAAAAGAUAUAUAUUUUAUUGAUGCCGACUCUGUUCCUUGUACACAACUUAACUCAGAUAUCACCUAAGUCCCCUUAUUUGAAAUGUUUUGUACAUAUAUAGCCAUAACUGUGUUUAUAUUUAUUAUGAUUCUGUGAGAAUUAUUGUUGCUGUAUAUAUAUAUGUAUGAAAGGAUGUAAAUGUUACAUUUUGGCUGUGAAAUCGUCCCUUGCCAAUGCAUGUUGUCGGCAAGCUCUACAACUGUUGGCCCUAGUGCUUGCUGGUACUCACUUUAUUUAGCCAGACUAGGAUAAGCUUAGGUUAUCUUAGUGUUGACAAAAAUUAAUUAAGUACCAUUGUCAAGCAUUAUUGGGAGGCUAGCCUUUAGAAGUUGCUAGUCUACCAUGACUACUAGAAAUAUUAUGUAUUAUAACUGUCAGGAUCAGCACAAGUCUUAGCCUAUCAGUUGCAAUGUACCAGAGCAUGGCAGAAGUUAUGGUUUGUCCACACCUCAACUCUCUCUCUCUCUCUCUCUCUCUCUCUCUCUCUCUCUCUCUCUCUCUCUCUCUCUCUCUCUCUCUCUCUCUCUCUCUCUC